GCCGCCAUUUUGGAUGCGGGGGUCAGUGCCGGGCGGCGAGCGCCUGUCGCGAUAGUGUCGCGACGCGAGGACCGGGCCGGGAGGGAGGCCGCGGUGGGGGGCGCGGGCGGAGCCGGGAACCCCCGAGGCGGGUGGGGGGCUGGGGCCGGAGCAGGCCUUACCGCUGGCGGCUGGGAGAGCAGCCCGGGGGGACCCGCGGGCCGGGCCGGGCCCAGGUGUCCUCCUGCCGCGCAGCCCCGCUCCCUGCGCUCGGUCACACGGCGGAGCUGCGGCCGAACCCCGAGGGCGGCUGUGCGGGAGGGAGGGCCGCAGCCGGCGUGGGGUGUGCGUCCCGAGCUCCCCGGUACCGCGCUUAGUCGCUUUGGUCGCAUGAAGCGACCGGAAAGGACAGCCCCCCUUCGCGCUUCCAGGGUUGUCAAGAUGGUGGAUAAAAACAUUUACAUUGUACAAGGCGAAAUCAAUGUAGUGGUGGGAGCCAUCAAGCGUAAUGCCCGGUGGAGCACUCACACACACCUGGAUGAAGAAAGGGAUCCCUUGCUGCAUAGCUUUAGUGUCUUGAAAGAAGUGCUGAAUAAUAUAACAGAGCUAUCUGAAAUUGAACCCAACGUCUUUCUUCGACCUUUCCUCGAAGUGAUCCGUUCUGAAGACACUACAGGUCCUAUAACUGGGUUGGCCCUCACCUCUGUGAAUAAGUUCCUCUCAUAUGCACUGAUAGAUCCCAGCCAUGAAGGCACAGCUGAGGGAAUGGAGAACAUGGCAGAUGCUGUCACUCAUGCCCGAUUUGUGGGUACAGAUCAUGCGAAUGAUGAAGUUGUCUUGAUGAAAAUACUACAGGUUUUGAGAACCUUGCUGCUCACUCCUGUGGGAGCCCACCUCACCAAUGAAUCCGUGUGUGAGAUCAUGCAGUCUUGUUUCCGCAUAUGCUUUGAAAUGAGACUGAGUGAGUUAUUGAGAAAAUCUGCAGAGCACACUCUGGUCGACAUGGUGCAGCUGCUCUUCACAAGGUUGCCUCAGUUCAAAGAAGAGCCUAAAAGCUACAUGGGAACUAACAUGAAGAAGAUCUCUUCAUGUCUCCUCAACAAACUGGAACUAAGUAGUGGGGAACAGCCCAAAGCCCUGAACCAAUUAGAGAGGGUAUUGCUCUUUAAGAACCUGAAGUUGAAAAUGAGAGCUGGAGGAAUGAGUGAGUCAUCAAAAUGGAAAAAACAGAAGAGAUCACCAAGACCUCCUCGACAUGUAACUAAGGUCUCCCCUGCAACAGAACAACCAGCAGCCAAUGCUAGUAAUGUCACAGCAAGCGGAGUUACUUUCAUAGAUGCACCUUCUCCCAGUUCCUCUGGAAGCUCCGAAAAUAUUUCAUCUGCAGUCAGCCCUGCUACAGACAGUGGUUUGGAAAUGUCCUCACAGGCCACCUCCAAGGAAGACCUGACAGACUUGGACCCGGUCACUUCUUUGGGGCUUCAUGCAGGAACACCUUCAAAUGAGGCCAAAGUCACUGAUAAUCAAAACCAGCCUGAACUCCAGAAUGAAAGUCUGAGGGAGGAGAAGAUCCAGUCAGCCUCUGUUGAAUCUAUCCCUGAGGUUUUAGAGGAGUGCACUUCUGUAGCAGAACAUUCUGACUCUGCCUCAGUUCAUGACAUGGACUAUGUAAAUCCCCGAGGAGUACGUUUUACUCAGUCUUCCCAAAAAGAAGGGGCAGCACUGGUCCCGUAUGGAUUGCCGUGUAUUAGAGAACUGUUUCGCUUUCUUAUCUCGCUUACCAACCCUCUUGAUCGUCACAACUCUGAGGUGAUGAUCCACAUGGGAUUGCAGCUGCUGACUGUAGCUCUGGAGUCUGCUCCCAUUGCAAACUGCCAGUCUCUCCUAGGACUUGUGAAGGAAGAGUUGUGCCGACAUCUGUUUCAACUACUGAGUGUUGAACGGCUCAAUCUAUAUGCAGCAUCCCUCAGGGUGUGUUUUCUCCUCUUUGAAAGUAUGAGAGAGCAUCUGAAAUUCCAGCUGGAGAUGUAUAUCAAGAAGUUGAUGGAGAUAAUCACUGUGGAAAACCCAAAGAUGCCCUAUGAAAUGAAGGAGAUGGCUUUGGAAGCCAUUGUUCAGCUGUGGAGGAUUCCCAGCUUUGUGACUGAGCUCUACAUCAACUAUGACUGUGACUACUACUGUGCCAACCUCUUUGAGGAGCUCACUAAGCUGCUCUCCAAGAAUGCCUUUCCAGUUUCUGGACAGUUGUAUACAGUGCACCUGCUGUCUAUGGAGGCAUUGCUAACAGUGAUAGAUAGCACAGAGGCACAUUGCCAGGCCAAAGUGCUGAGUAACGUACAUCAACAAGAGAAGGAAGUUGCCAAAUCAGGCCCAGAAACAAUGAACAGCACCAAAGAAAUGAGCAAUAAUAAUGAGAGAGCACACAGUGAGGGAAAAUCCACCGCUGUAGUCUCAGAGCCAGGUGGGGCAUGUCCUCCCACCAGUGGUUGCCUUAUGGCUGAUCAGAUGAAGCAGGGCUGCAUGGAAUUGGAAGGAGGUGGUGAGACAGCUGAGAAGAAUAUCCCCAAGAAGCCUACUCGAUUUUCUUGCAUCCUUCCAAGCCCUCAGGAGCUUAUGCAGAUUAAGAACAAAAAGAAGCUCCUGAUAACUGGCACAGAGCAGUUCAACCAAAAGCCAAAGAAAGGGAUACAGUUCCUGCAGGAGAAGAACCUUCUUGCCACUCCCAUCAAUAAUAAUGAGGUGGCCAGAUGGCUACGGGAAAAUCCUCGCCUGGACAAGAAGAUGAUUGGGGAGUUUGUGAGUGAUCGUAAGAACAUAGAUUUACUGGAAAGCUUUGUUGGGACUUUCAGCUUCCAAGGUUUAAGACUGGAUGAAGCUUUACGACUUUAUUUAGAGGCCUUCCGAUUACCAGGAGAGGCACCUGUAAUCCAGAGACUGUUGGAAGCCUUCACAGAACAUUGGAGGAAAUCAAAUGGAUCCCCAUUUGCUAAUAGUGAUGCCUGCUUUGCCCUGGCCUAUGCAGUUAUUAUGCUGAACACUGACCAGCACAACCAUAAUGUCCGCAAGCAGAAUGUCCCAAUGACUCUGGAGGAGUUUCGGAAAAACCUGAAAGGUGUGAAUGGAGGCAAGGACUUCGAACAAGACAUGCUGGAAGACAUGUACCAUGCCAUCAAAAAUGAUGAGAUAGUGAUGCCAGAGGAACAGACAGGCCUGGUGAAAGAAAACUAUAUCUGGAAUGUCCUGCUGCAUCGUGGUGCCACUGAUGAGGGAAUAUUUCUCCAUGUGCCCCCUGGAAGCUACGACCAUGAUCUCUUCACCAUGACAUGGGGGCCAACCAUUGCAGCACUUUCUUAUGUUUUUGACAAGAGCUUAGAAGAAACAAUCAUCCAGAAAGCUAUCUCUGGUUUCAGGAAAUGUGCAAUGAUUUCUGCUCACUAUGGCCUCAGUGAUGUGUUUGACAAUCUCAUAAUUUCUCUCUGCAAGUUUACAGCCCUCAGCAGCGAGUCUAUUGAGAACCUGCCGACUGUUUUUGGAAGUAAUCCCAAGGCCCAUAUUGCAGCAAAGACUGUGUUUCACUUGGCCCAUCGCCACGGUGACAUUCUGCGGGAGGGCUGGAAAAACAUCAUGGAGGCCCUCCUGCAGCUUUUCCGAGCAGAACUGCUGCCCAAGGCCAUGGUAGAGGUCGAAGACUUUGUGGAUCCCAAUGGUAAAAUCUAUCUGCAGCGUGAGGAGACACCAUCUAACCGUGGUGAAUCUACAGUGCUGAGUUUUGUUAGUUGGCUCACCCUCAGUGGGACGGAGCAAUCUGGUAUGAGAGGGCCAUCUACUGAGACACAGGAAGCAAAGCGAGCAGCUCUGGAGUGCAUAAAGCAAUGUGAUCCUGAGAAGUUGAUCACAGAAAGUAAAUUCCUCCAACUUGAAUCUCUCCAGGAGCUGAUGAAGGCUCUAAUCUCUGUGACUCCUGAUGAGGAGACAUACGAUGAAGAGGAUGCUGCCUUCUGCUUGGAGAUGCUUCUAAGGAUUGUACUAGAAAAUAGGGACCGUGUGACCUGUGUCUGGCAAACUGUCCGAGACCACCUCUAUCACCUCUGUGUCAAUGCAAUGGAGUUCUGCUUCUUAGUGGAGAGGGCAGUGGUGGGGCUGCUGAGGCUGGCGAUUCGGCUCCUUCGUCGGGAAGAAAUCAGUGCACAGGUUCUCCUCUCAUUACGUAUCCUGCUCAUGAUGAAGCCAAAUGUGUUGUCCAGAGUUAGUCAUGAGGUUGCCUAUGGCCUCCAUGAACUGCUGAAGACCAAUGCUGCCAACAUUCAUUCUGGGGAUGACUGGUACACUCUCUUCACCCUCCUGGAGUGCAUUGGGUCUGGGGUAAAGCCACCUGCAGCCCUGCAGGUUACAGCAAGGGCAGAUAACGACACAGGUGCUCAGUCAGACAGUGAAGUCUCCUCCUCCUAUCAUCCAAGUGACAUGAGCCUAGACCGUGGCUACACGUCUGAUUCAGAGGUGUACACAGACCAUGGGAAGCCAGGCAAGAUGCACCGCUCGGUGACAGAUGUGGAUAUGAUGAACAGUGGCUGGCUAGUGGUGGGGAAAGAUGACAUCGACACCUCUAAACCCAGUGCUGGGCUCAACAGGCUGGGGCCAUCUCCUCUUGUCAACCAAUACAGCCUGACGGUGGGGCUGGAUUUGGGCCCACAUGACACAAAGUCUCUCAUGAAGUGUGUAGAGUCCUUGUCCUUCAUUGUGCGAGAUGCUGCCCACGUGACACCUGAGAACUUUGAGCUCUGUGUCAAAACCAUCCGCAUAUUUGUGGAGGCAAGCUUGAAUGGAGGCUCUAAGUCCCAGGAGAAAAGGGGGAAGAGCCACAGACAUGAUAGUAAAACCAGUCGGUUAAAAAAAAAGCCAAAGGAGAGCUCCACGCGGCGAUCACGGGUCUUGAGCCAGCACCAGGCCCACACACACAGUGAUGAGGACGAGGAUGAGAGCAUCCCUGCCAGCUACCACACUGUGUCUUUACAGGUUAGUCAGGACCUCCUGGAUCUCAUGCACACCUUGCACACACGAGCAGCUUCCAUCUACAGCUCCUGGGCAGAGGAGCAACGCCAUCUAGAGACUUCAGGGAGGAAAAUUGAAGCAGAUUCCCGAACACUGUGGUCGAACUGCUGGUGUCCUUUGCUACAAGGUAUUGCCUGGCUAUGCUGUGAUGCCCGACGCCAGGUACGGAUGCAGGCACUCACCUACUUGCAGCGGGCCCUCCUCGUACAUGACCUGCAGGCCCUAGAUGCCCUAGAGUGGGAGUCAUGCUUCAAUAAGGUGCUGUUCCCUCUGCUAACGAAGCUCCUUGAGAACAUCAGCCCAGCUGACAUUGGUGGAAUGGAAGAAACUAGGAUGAGAGCUUCAACGCUGCUCUCCAAGGUGUUCCUACAGCAUCUCUCCCCCCUGCUCUCACUGACCACUUUCGCUGCAUUGUGGCUGACAAUCCUUGACUUCAUGGACAAAUACAUGCAUGCUGGCUCCAGUGACUUACUGCUGGAGGCCAUCCCAGAGUCUCUGAAGAAUAUGCUGCUUGUAAUGGACACAGCUGGGAUAUUCCACAGUGCAGACUCACGGACAGGAUACUCCGAUCUUUGGGAGAUCACCUGGGAGCGGAUUGACUGCUUCUUACCUAGGCUGCGAGAUGAGCUCUUCAAACAGACAGUCAUCCAAGAUCCUGUUCCCAGCAUACCAAUGGAACAGCAUCCUCAGAAGUCAAUAGCAUCUGCCCUGCCCCCUUCUCCUGUGGGGGAUGUGAGACCAGCCACCCACCCAGCUCCAUCGGAGAAGCCCUCUGAACUGAGUGCUAGUGAGUCUGAGAGAGCUUCUGCACCUGCAUCCCCCACCAUCAGCAGCUCUUCUUCUCCUUCUUUCACAGCAUCAGCGCCAACAAAGACAAGCCCCGUUACAGACAUACCUCCUACAACAGCACAGCCACCACUUAUCCUGCAGCCUCUUGCAUCUCCCCUGCAGGUUGGGGUGCCACCUAUGACUUUGCCAAUCAUCCUCAACCCAGCUCUAAUAGAAGCCACCUCUCCUGUUCCCCUCUUAGCUACUCCACGGCCCACUGACCCCAUGACAACCUCUGAAGUCAAUUAGCUUGAAGGUAUCUGAGAACUGUCUGCUGAGGAGGCUCUGGCAGAGGAUGCUGGCCAAAUGUUCUCUGAUAGCGAGCAUGUUUGUUUUAGAAGAUGAUGCUAACCUGCACAGAAGGGCAGCUGGAGCAAUCCCCCAGAGCACAUCACAUUUGUUCCUUUCUAGUGGCAACUGCCUAGAAAUUCCUGACUGCCGCCUUCUUGGUAUUCAGUUCCACUGACCAGUCUCCUUCCUGCCUUCAUGAUCUCAGGGACCAGGCAACACCCACACCCAGCAGCCUGGGACCAAGCUGCCACUGUGUCAUCUGGUGAAAAGGGAAAACGCCUUGAUGUAACACCGGAGAGGGGCAACAGUAUAGGACUGCCUCUCAGAUUGUUCAGUUCAACCCCUGGACAAUUCCCCAGCUGUUCCCUAGCUUUUCUGCCCCUGCUUCUGGCCGCACUGCUUUAUUUGGGCUGUGGGUAUGGCUGGGCUCAGCAGGUUGAAAAUUUUGUCUAGAGGAUUGCUCACAGGGUAGUUUCCAGCUUGCUAUGCAGGGCUUCUUGUAUGCUGUAGCCACAUGCUUUCCUUCUGCAACAUGGUUUGCAAUAAUUCCCUGAUCAGUUAGGGAGCAGGGGAGCCUGGUAGGCAUAGCGUGGCCUUCCUCCUCUCCUCCUGCGUAAAGGCCAUCUGGUCGGACAGAGCAAAUUCAGGAGGCUCUGCCUAGUUAAUCAGAUAAGGAGGAAAUGCAGAGCCCUGUAAUGUCAGAGCAGAGCACCAUGGCCAUCUCUCCAACAGCACCUGGGGAGCUACUCCCCUUUGGUUUGCACAGCAGUGCUGCAUUGCCCACCACUUGCUUUGUUGGCCCAGGGUUGUCCCCUCCUCUUCAGCUAGAGAAGAUGCUGAGAUCAGUGGCACCUGCUGGCAGAUGUCCAGCAAGUCUGCUGUGCUGAGGAGCAGCUUUCUUUUGGAAGCUCCUGCAAAGAUUGCACCCUUAGGCAUCUUCUGGUUGUUGGGAGCCCACCUCCUUUUCCACCUGGGGUCUCCUGCAGCUGAUAGUUGUCAUUCCUGUGCUUCUGUCUUGCAGCAAAGAUGUCCUGCUCUUCCAUCCCCUCACGUCCAGAGCAGAGCUGGCUGCCUGGCAAGCACUGCAUCUCAGUUCUUCCUCCUCUCUGAAUUAGUUGGCUAAAUUCUCAGUAAUACCAAUCUCAGAAGUUCCACUGGUGACUGGGAGGGACACAGGCGUCAACUCCAACCCAGUGUAUGCUGUACUGAGAGAAACCCAAGGUUGGGGUGGGAGUACAGCCAGUGUACAUAUGGGGUAAAUGGCUUACAAAUCCAAUGGACUUUUUACAGUGUAAUAAAUAUAUCCUGUAAAUGA